AUGGAAGAUAUUGAUAGAAGAAGGAAGGAGUUGUAUGACCUCAAUACCAGGGCUUGGAAUGGUGAAGCUGUAUUUAACUCGAAUGCAAAACUCGAUUCAUCUUUAAAGAAAAACACCGGCUUCAUUAAGAAAAUUCGAAUUUCGAUCAACCAGGACCAAUAUAAAAAUAUCUUAAAAGAUAUCCAAACUUUAUCAUUGGAAAAGUACUUAUCUGAAAUCAUAGUCUCCAUCUCAGAGGGUUUGGUAAAAGUAAAUAAAAAUGACGAUAUUUUGGCUGCAAUCGAAAUAAUAAGUGCUUUACAUCAAAGAUUUUCAAUCGAGUUCACUCCUUUAUUAUUGAGUAACUUCUUAACCGGUAUAACAAACCAGAAUAAGGACGAGGAUAAAUCUAGCAAACAGAAAAACUUGCUACGUUUAUUAAUGGAAUUUCAAAUAAUUGGUGUAUUCAGAACCAUCAAAGAUUGUCAUAAAGAUUUACUACCUGAUUUUAUUAUAAAAAGAUAUAUUAAGAAUGCUAGUGACCCCUUAAUAAUAUGUACUUUGAAAGAUAUCCUUAAUUAUGAAUCUUUAUCAAACUCACUAACGAUUGUUCAAAUUUUUUUGAAAAGAUUUCAUUCAAUAAUCUAUACCGAUAAUGAUUUAUUAGAUGAUACCUUAAGGUCAAAUCUUAAACUGAUCUUUUCAACUUAUUCAAAGCUCGUUUGGAAGUCUUUGGUUGAUAUAAAUACUGAAAGAAAUAAAAUAUUGAAACAAAACUUUAAACGCAGUAUCCGAACUGGUAAAAUUUUAGAUGAAUCCACUGAAAACUUAUCUGAUGUUGAAUCUCUCUAUGAAAAAUUGAAAUCAGGUGCUGAAUUCUUAUCUUCUACUUUAAAUAUUGAAUUACCUGAAUUGGAAGAGUUCAAAAAGAAUGAGGUUAAUGAUGAAUCUGUGGUUGAGGUAGUGAAAAGUAAAUCAGCUAAUGAAGACGAAUUCAAAGUCUGGGGUGAUAUAAAAGAACAAUUUUUUUAUACAAUCAUUCCAACUUUAGAAGAACUACAGAAACUGUAUGGUGAUCAAUUAAAUUUGGACCAGUCAGUCAAAGAUGGUGAACGUAUUCAAAAUUUCAUUACCAAAUUAGAAAAAGCAAUUACUGAUAAAGAAAUAGAUUUAUUAGCCCUCGAGUUUUUUGAGCUGAAUUUGUAUAAUAAAGCUACUAAAAACCGUUUGCUAAAAUUUUUUAUGGAAGUUGACAAUAUUGAUAAUUUAAGGUUCUACGCUAGAUUUUUGAAAAUAACUAGUUCCGUAUCAAAAGACUUAAUUGACGAGUUAGUUGAUCAAUUGGAUAAGGGGUUUAGAUCUCAGCUUUAUAGAAAUACUAUUAAUUUUAAAAAUAUCAAUUUUUUCACUGAAUUAAUCAAGUUCAAAUUAGUACCAAUUCAUAUCAUAUUCCAUAAAAUCAGAAGACUUACCCUUGACUUAACUUCAACUAAUAAUAUGGAUAUUUUGUCAAUUGUUUAUGAAAAGAGUGGUUUGUUCUUAUUGAAUGAACCUGAAUAUAGUGAAUUAAUGACUGAAAUGGUCGAUUUAUUGAAACUUAAACAAAAAGAUGAUAAAUUAAAUGUAAAUGAUAAGUUAGGUAUUAAAAACUUAUUGUACAUCAUUGAACCACCACAAACUAAAGUUAGUGGUAUGAAAAAACCAGAUUAUACUCCUCAACAAGAAUUUAUUAUUCAACUAUUAAGAUAUCAAUUGAAUGAUAAAACUAGUAGAACAGUUACCGAUAUAUUAAAAUCGAUUGAUUGGAUUAAACAAGAAGAUUUAUUAGAGAUUUUAAUUGACGUAAUGUCAAAACCUGAAAUGACUAAUUUUGAAUCUAUACCUUAUUUGUCAAAUGUAUUAAAUAAAUUAUCCAAACCACUGAUUAUGAGAUUUUUAUUAAUAAGAGUAAUUGACGCUAUUUUAGAAAACACUUUGAGAGGAAUGGAAUUAAAUGAUUAUAGAUAUAAUCGUCUGAGAUUAUCUCAAAUGACAUUUCUCGGAUCAGCUUUUAAUGAUGGUUUAAUCAGCUUUACAUUGAUUAACGAUGCUCUAUAUAAAAUUUUAUGUUUUGGACACCCUAACAAUCAACCACUCCCGAUGAAUUAUAAGGUUUCUAUUGAUUCACCUGACAACUAUUUCAGAAUUCAAUUGGUGAGUGUCCUUUUAAAGACUUUGAAAUCCAUUGUCAGCCUUGAAGAAGAGGUACCACAAAAAAGGGUUUCUGAAAGAAGAAUGAAGAGAUUGAAUAGUUUAAAGAGAAAGAACCAAGAAUUAUUGAAAGUGUUUAUGGUUUUCUUCCAAUAUUAUAUUUUAUGUAAAAGUCAACCAAUACCAAUUGAAUUGGGAUUUAGAAUCAAUGAAACAUUUGAAAAAUGUGAAGAACUUUGCGAAGAUAAAUUGACCAGGUAUCCAUCCAUGAAUGACGUUUUGGUUGAGCUACAGUCAAUUAUCAAGAAACAAGGAUUGCAAAAGACACAAGCUACUGAUGAAGAAGAAGGAGACGAAGACGACGAGGAAGAUGAAGUCAUUGGCGAUGCUGAUGAUAUUGAGCCAGAAGCUGAAAGUGAAUCUGAUGACUCUGAUUCAGAUGAUAGUGAGGAAGAGGUAAUAUAUGAUGACGAUGCUGAAGACGAAGAAGACGACGAUGAUGACGAUGACGAUGAUGACGAUGAGGAAGAGGAUUAUGAAGAAGAGGAAGAAGAGACAAAUAAAUUUAAUCCAGAUGACGAUGCUAAGUUUGCCGAUAUUCUUGAUCGAGAAUUCAAGAAAAUGGUGAAUGAAUCAUUUGAAGAAAAUCAAAGCAAAAGGUCAAAACAAUUAAAUCCCUUACCAUCGCAAAUAUUAAAGCGUGAGAAUCCAAAAGCUGAAACUAGUGCCGGAGGCAAGGGCAAGAUUGCAUUCAGUCUAUUAACUAAAAAAGGAAAGACUACUGACAUUAAGAAUUUUGGAUUACCAUCGGAUAAUACAUUUACCAAGAAUAUGAUGAAAGAGAAGGAAGAAAUGAAGAGUCAACGUGAAAGAAUUAUGACAUUAGUUGAGAGUAUGGAUGAAUAA